GAGGGUUCAGCAAGAAAAGUUCAAAUUUCAGAGAAAUUUUGCGAGACAUCGCAAAGUUCAUCGAGUUAUGUAAGACAAAUAAAGUUCAGUUGGUUUUGUGCGACGCCCUCCAUUAUUUAGGGGAGUUAAGUGAAAUUAACCCUUUUCUAAAUUACUAAAAUCCUAUCCAAAUUCUGAGCAGAAGAAAUCAAUGGCUAGAUUACGAAACUCUUUGUUCCAAUAUCGAACUCCAAUUGGAAUCUGGACCUCAUCUCUGAUCCUCGUCUACCUCACAAUUCGAAUCACCAUGGAUCACUCCUCACCCUCUCUCGAUUCAGGAUCUGCUUUGAUCUUGAGCGCAGAUCGAAGGGCAAAGUUGUAUGAUAAGAUGGAGAGAGAUCUUGACGAGAAGGGAGCUUUGUUUCUUAAAGGAGGAGAGACCUCACAGUCUCUCUCGUUGUCGGAUCUUUUUGAAAUUAAGGAUGGAUCCGUUGUUCCUAAACUUAGAGCGGCGGAGCCUCCAGUUCGGGCGAAUGUGCUGUAUAUGAGUACGGUGUUUUCAGUUCCUAUUGCGCAGGCUGUGAAGGAGAUUUUUCUUCCUUAUUUUGAUGGAGUCAUCUGGUUUCAGAAUUCAAGCCUCUAUCACUUCAGUAUGUUUCACGCCUCUCAUCACUUGACACCUGUCAUCGCAACAGAAAAUGAGAUUGAAGCUGAGGCUAGUGCUGUGAAAGAUGUUGCAGACCAUCUCUGUCCACUUAAAAUAGCUCUUGAUAGAGUGGUAUUAACUUCAACUGGCGUUCUUCUUGGAUGCUGGCAGGUGAUCUCUGGUACAGAUCCACUAACAAUCCGUGCAAAAUUGAAAAAUGCCCUUCCUAGAGCACCUGAACAGCAAUUGUAUGAUCCAGUGUUGCUUCACACUUCAUUUGCAAGGCUUUUAGGACACCCGAAAGUACCGGCAGAGGUCAUGAACAAGCCUUUUGAUCAACUCCAGUUCUUCCAUGAGCUAGUUGCACGAGUUAACCAGAAGUUGCAGGGUUUUGAGGCAAGUUCAUCGAAGGAGUACAAUGUCGUUGCACUUUCAGGUGACAGAAGGAUUAAGGGAGAAAGUUCUACCGUAACGAAUAUGCUCUCUCAAUUGUAUUUCCUAACAAAACUCUUUCUCUUUUACUGUAAAUGAUGUACAAGUCUGAACCACAUAUUUAUGUACUUCAAAUAUUAGCUUGCUCGUGUUGGAUAGUUUGAGAAAGAAUUCUGUUCAAUUUUCUGUUUGGUAUAGUAGACUGUUAUACCCUGUAUACCCUUAUGUUAAGAGCAACAUUUUUAAACUGUAGAUUUUGUGGUUUUACUAAUCGAAAUUAGAGACCGGGUCUAUUUACCGCA